UAUGUUUUUCCUAGAGGUUAGCUGCAAGAGCGUAACCAGUGUGACGUUUUGCAUGAACACUCUGCAAAAUUGGAUCUGGGAACCUGAAAACGGGCAGAACACGGCCGCGCCGACGUGUUUUUUGUUUUGCUGUUUGAUGUAGCCAUGUAGCGAGGACACGACGAGAGAAGGUUAACAGAACCAGCCAGCGUGUUGUGAACUGCCACUUUCAACCAAAACAAUGUUGACUGAUGACCUGUGGACACCUACCAGCAACCAGUCACAUCAAGGAUGGAUCAAGGUGGAGUGAAGAAGAUUACGUAUAGAGGAAAUGACCAUCUGAGCAAACUGGUCUACACCGAAAGUCCUGAGGAGGGAGGCCUUUUAAAAGUGGCCCCUCACAGCGCCGUGUCCCUCACCUCUGCCACGUCUGUUGUUCUUCCAACCAGCCCUCUAAUGCAACCAGGACAGGUGAUCAACGGUCUAAGCAACAGCCCCCUUCCAGAUGAGCUUACCUCAGCCUCUGCCCCUGCCACCAUAGGUUCCUUGGUAGAGAGCCCAGAACUCAGGGGCCUGACCAAAGAUCAGAGGCAUCAGCAACCGCAGCAGUUUCAGACACAAACUUCCAGUGCUUUUGGGCAUCAAAGCUUGCCCCAGCUAGAGGCCAGUAUAGUAGAUAUUACCCAGUCCUCCAUGGAUUCACUUAUCGGGGGAUCAGACCCCAACUUAUUCGCCAUGAAAACAGAGGAUUUCUCCCUGGACAAGGGAGAGCAGGACCCCAUUGAUUUUGAUCAAGCCUUUGAUUCUAUUAGUAAAGAUGUGGACAUGAACCAGAAACUGUUCAAUGACACGUCUCUAGACCUUCUUCAGGAGUUUGACCUCACUGGAUCCCCCUCAGAUUUUUAUGUAGGGGAUGAUGCCUUUCUGACCACUCUGGCUGAUGAUUCUUUGCUUGCUGACGGGGACAUCAGAGUGACAUUAGAGAGGGACUUAAAAUCUGCUUUGGUAGAGAGCAUUAACACCACUGGUGUGCUCACUGCCACCCCUGAUGGCAGCAGUGCGACAAGUCCACACAAAUCUAACUCAGGCUUGUCCACCACCUCUUCUUCAACCCCUCCAACCACUUUUCCUGCUGUGGUGAAGAAAGAAAAAGAUACAGGCUUCAUUCAACUCUGCACCCCGGGUGUGAUAAAGCAGGAGAAGACCUCCGGGGGGUAUUGUCAAAUGGGUGCCACAAGCCCGAUCUCCAUCUGUGGGGUGAGCACCUCAGGAGGACAAAGCUUCCAUUUUGGAAUCAACUCCAGAAACAACGAAGCUGAACAGCAGAAGGAUCAGAAGCCAGUGUCCGGCUUGUACCUCCCAGUCACAACCAUCGGUGGAGCCUUUUACAGGAGCCCGAGCGUUGGUGACAACUCGCCGAUCCACAGGGUCGGCGAGCUUUUCUCAAGCUCUCCCACCUACUCCAACAGCUUCACCAGACAGGAUGGGGCCACUGCUGCAUCCACACAGGGGAAGAGCGGCACUCAUAAAAUCUGUCUGGUGUGCUCUGAUGAGGCUUCGGGUUGCCAUUACGGUGUUCUCACCUGUGGCAGCUGCAAGGUUUUCUUCAAGAGAGCUGUGGAAGGUCAACAUAAUUACCUGUGUGCUGGGAGGAACGACUGCAUUAUCGACAAGAUCAGGCGGAAGAACUGCCCCGCCUGCCGCUUCCGCAAGUGUCUGAUGGCAGGAAUGAACCUGGAAGCUCGUAAAACCAAGAAGUUGAAUCGCCUAAAGGGCAGUCAGAACAGCACGCCGCCUGAGCUGCUGCCUUCGCUGCCGGUCGAGACGCGGUCCAUCGUCCCCAAGUGCAUGCCGCAGCUCGUUCCCACCAUGCUGUCCCUGCUGAAGGCCAUCGAGCCAGACACCAUCUACGCGGGUUAUGACAGCACCCUCCCCGACACCUCCACCCGCCUCAUGACCACCCUCAACAGGCUGGGGGGGCGGCAGGUCAUCUCUGCCGUGAAGUGGGCCAAGGCUCUGCCAGGUCAGUGGGGAAAGUGUCCAGUGUCCUGA